AUGCAAACUCUACAAGUCCUAGAACCUGUAAAUUUAUCAUUUCUGGAUGGUGUGCUAGUAUUUCAAAGCUUGCAAACAUCAUCUCCUCCAAUAUCCACCAUUAUUUUUGAAAGACUUUCUAGCAUUCAUGACUACCCAUGCUUGCUUUCUCUUAAAGCCCCAGACAUAAGCUCUCAUUUGUGCGCACUUCUAUACGACUAUGCAGACGCAAGCCAGUACUUGAGCUCCACAUCUAUUCUCGAGCAGGUGCUUUUACUUUCUCUCCCCGAUGAGUCACAUGCAUUUAUAGCAGAAUGUUCUGAUAUUAAUAUCCAAGCAGACUUUGUUUAUUUGAUAGUUCAUUCCCAAGACUCUACAGGACUUGGAUGCUAUAUUUCAGCUGUCAAAAUGGGAAUAUUUAGAUUUUCCUAUGAAGAGCUUUAUGGGAGUGGGAUAAGUGCAAUGCUAGGCUAUAUCAAAUCUUUAAAAAGCUCCAGAACCGAGACUAUCGCUCAAUAUCAUUAUAUGAAAGAAGUCUUUAAUAAAGAGCAAAAAGAGUUGCUAAUGUACUCACUUUUUGCUGACAAGAUUAGUGAAAGGACAAAUAGUGCGAAAGAAGUACAAAUAAAAAAUGAAGAAACUAUAGAAGCACUCAAAAAGAGUCUAGAGAUUAAAAAGCGAAAUAAAGCAGAGCUCGAAGCUCAAGACUUGGAGUGCUUGAUUUGCAGAAAUUCAGCCAAAAAUAUUGUGUUUUUACCUUGUGGGCAUAUUUUAGCUUGCAAAGAAUGUGUGGUGGACAGAAUGAAAUUGACGUUAAAUAAAGUUAUUAAUAGCCGAAUGAAAUCAGAACCAUGCCCACUGUGUAAAGGUAGAGUAAGAGAAGCUAGGGAGGUUUCAUUUAAUUAA